UUUGCUUUUCUUUUUCUUCGAGUGUCUGUGGAGAGAGGCGUAUUACUCACUCUCCCUAGUGCCAGGAACGGAACAAUGUCCGUCCGGGCCUUACUGAGAUAAGAUUGUAUAUUUGUGGUUUACAGUUUCUUCAGAGGGUUGAAUGACUUCAUAUGAGACUGAGAACUGUUGAAUUAUGUUUAAAGGGAUUUGGGAAUAAGGUCUAUAGAAGGCAGCACAGUUUACAGAGUUCAUUCAUGUGCUGUAGUUGGUACAGCCAGUAAAUACACGAAGUAGAAAUUGCAGUGUCUUCAGCGUUUGGAUUUUUAGUAUUUAAAUGUUAUCUUUUGUUGUUGGCUUGCUUUUGUCUUUCGAGACAGGGUAGGCUCUUUCUGUGUGGCUGUUGUCCUGGAACUUGUGCUGUAAACUGGAAUUCACAGAGAUCAGCCUGCCUCUGUUUCCGGAGUGCCUGGGAUUAAAGUAGUUCCAGAGAACUGCUGGUUUAGAUUUUAGCUCUUGCGAGUUGUGAAAACAGUGAAGGAUGCUUAGACUACUUAACAUUCAAAUUACCCUCUGGUUAAUCAUCUUUAGAAGACUGGACUUCUGGAUGUCUGCUCCAUCUCUAUUGAACUAAAACAUAAGAAUGAAACCUGUAGCCCUGGCAAUCAUCUAUGAGCCAUAAUUGCCCUGAUUCUGAGCAUUUGAAACUUCCUCAGGGAUAAGCAAUGGCAUCGGCAGUGGUUGGCAGCGGAGGUUCUGCUCUGGAGCUCUCCAGCAAUGGCAUAGAAAAUCAAGAGGGAGGCGACAAGGCCCCUGAGUAUCCGGCCGUGAUUGUGGAGCCAGUGCCCAGCGCGAGGCUAGAGCAGGGCUACGCUGCCCAGGUUCUGGUGUAUGACGAUGAGACCUACAUGAUGCAGGAUGUGGCGGAAGAGCAAGAAGUUGAGACGGAGAACUCGGAGACAGUGGAAGCAUCAGUUCACAGCAGUAAUGCACACUGUACGGAUAAGACAAUUGAAGCUGCUGAAGCCUUGCUUCAUAUGGAAUCUCCUACCUGCUUGAGGGAUUCAAGAAGUCCUGUGGAAGUGUUUGUCCCUCCUUGUAUAUCAACUCCAGAGUUUAUCCAUGCUGCGAUGAGGCCAGAUGUCAUUACAGAGACUGUAGUGGAGGUGUCGACUGAAGAAUCUGAACCAAUGGAUGCCUCGCCUAUUCCUACAUCACCAGAUAGUCACGAACCAAUGAAAAAGAAAAAAGUUGGCCGCAAACCAAAGACCCAGCAGUCACCAGUUUCCAAUGGGUCUCCUGAGUUAGGAAUCAAGAAGAAGGCCAGAGAAGGAAAAGGAAACACAACCUAUCUGUGGGAGUUUCUUCUAGAUUUGCUUCAAGAUAAAAAUACCUGUCCCAGGUAUAUUAAAUGGACUCAGCGAGAAAAAGGCAUAUUCAAACUUGUGGACUCAAAGGCUGUCUCGAAGCUUUGGGGCAAGCAUAAGAACAAGCCAGACAUGAACUAUGAAACUAUGGGGCGAGCUUUGAGGUACUACUACCAAAGGGGAAUUCUUGCAAAGGUUGAAGGACAGAGGCUUGUCUAUCAGUUCAAGGAUAUGCCCAAAAACAUAGUGGUCAUUGAUGAUGACAAAAGUGAGACCUGCAGUGAAGACUUGGCCGCAGCUACUGAUGAAAAAUCAUUAGAACGAGUGUCACUGUCUGCAGAAAGUCUCCUUAAAGCGGCAACUUCUGUCCGUGGUGGGAAAAACUCAUCUCCUGUGAACUGCUCCAGAGCAGAGAAGGGUGUGGCUAGAGUUAUGAACAUCACUUCCCCUGCUCACGAUGCUUCAUCCAGGUCUCCCACCAGCACAGCAUCGGUGUCCACAGCAGCAGCUCCAAGGACAGUUCGUGUGGCAAUGCAAGUUCCUGUGGUAAUGACAUCACUGGGUCAAAAGAUUUCAACUGUGGCAGUUCAGUCAGUCAACGCUGGCACACCAUUAAUAACCAGCACCAGUCCAGCUACAGCCAGCUCUCCAAAAGUGGUCAUCCAGACAGUCCCAACUGUGAUGCCUGCCUCCACUGAAAAUGGAGACAGAAUCACCAUGCAGCCUGCCAAGAUUAUCACCAUCCCUGCUACACAGCUUGCACAGUGUCAACUGCAGACAAAGUCAAAUCUGACUGGAUCAGGAAGCAUUAACAUUGUUGGAACCCCACUGGCUGUGAGAGCCCUUACCCCUGUUUCCAUAGCCCAUGGUACCCCUGUAAUGAGACUAUCUGUGCCUGCUCAGCAGGCUUCUGGCCAGACUCCUCCUCCUCGAGUUAUCAGUGCGGUCAUAAAAGGGCCAGAGGUUAAAUCAGAAGCCAAAAAGCAGGAACAUGAUGUGAAAACAUUGCAGCUGGUAGAGGAAAAGGGGGCAGACGGGAACAAGACGGUAACCCACGUAGUGGUUGUCAGUGCGCCUUCUGCUAUUGCCCUGCCUGUGACUAUGAAAACUGAAGGGCUAGUGACAUGUGAGAAAUAGAUAAGCUCCGCCAGGGA